GUAUUUGUUGGCGCCAAAGGUGCACCCGCAAUUAGGAGAGGGUAAUUUGGUGGAAAAGGUGCAGCAGCGAGGAGGAGAGGUGAUUUGGCACUAAAAGUGCAGCAGCAAGGAGAGGUGGGUGCCAAACGGGGCAAAGGAAGAGAGUGACGCGAAUUUGACGCCGACAGUGCGCAAAGAAGAGGGGACACGGAUUUGAUUCCAGCGAGGGAAAGGCCGUCUGGUGACGUGCAUUUGGGCGCCAACGGGGCAAAGGGGAGCUUUGACGGAGAAUUCGGUGGGCGCCAAACGGGGCAAAGGGGAGUGUUUGGCACGCAAAGGAGAGCAUUUGGCACCAAGAAAAGCCGUGCGUGAAGUGCAGAUAGUUGUGGAUACUUUUAGAAUUUGGCGCGCCAAGGGCGCAGAGGGCAAGUAAUCGUGGAAUUCCAACCAAUCUAUAUCACCGGCAAGGGGAGGAUGAGGGAUGGUAGCUCCCACUCUUUGGCCUUCCGGGUGAUGAGGCUAUGUCGGCCAUCGCUGCAGGUAGAUCUGCCGCUCCGCUGCGCCGCCGGCGACCUCCGUUAUGGGGAGGACGAUGACGUGGCAGAGCGGAUGCGCUCCUUGACGGAGAUGGAGCAAACCUUCUCCGGCCGUUGCGAGAUCAAUCAGCCCCUGGAUGCAUGCGGCCUGACCGGAAUGCUCGUCCUUCCACAGGAGUUUGGCUCCAUCUACCUGGGAGAGACUCUGUGCAGCUUCAUAAGCCUGUGCAACGUGUCCGAUCAUGACGUUGAGUAUGUGGGUAUCAAGGUGGAGCUGCAGACAGAGAGGCAAAGAACCAGCUUGGCUGACAACACUCGCGCACCUUUGACUGUCAUCAAAGCCGGUGCGCGCAAUGACUUCAUCAUCGAGCAUAUCAUCAAGGAGCUGGGCACACACUGCUUGGUCUGCAGUGCCAUGUACUCCGACUCCGAAGGGGAGAGAAGGGUGGCCCGACAAGAUAUGGAUGUGGAGCGAAAGCUCUUGCACCAGAAAUACAAGUUCGUCGCCUCUAAUCCGGUCGUUGUACGGACGAAAAUACGGCCCGUCAGGGAGAGUACGUUCUUGGAAGUGGGGAUUCAGAAUGCGACGAAGGCGCCACUUUUCCUUGACUACGUGAAGUUCGAACCCUCGACCUCGUACACAUCUUCUCUUCAAGAAGCCGACGAAGGAGAUGGAGAACCUGACGACGACGGGGAAGAAGAGGAAGAUGACAUCUUGAAAGGCCUGUUCAAUCGUAGGAUCCACGUCGUUGAAUCGAACGGAGGAGAGAGGAACUACUUGUACCACUUGCGCCGCGUUCAAUCAGCCGCUGGCAGCAGUGCUGAGAGUGCAAACACUUUGGGCAAACUGGAGAUGAUGUGGAAAACUACCCUCGGGGAGCCUGGUCAUCUGCAAACGCAACCGAUCAUGUCCAACACUGGGGCCAAGGUCGAAAUUGAGGUUCGCCUGGAGGAAUUGCCUUCGCGAAUUGUGUUGGAGCACCCUUUUCAGGUCAAGUGUCGGAUUAAAAACAACACCGACCACAGAACAGGACCGUUGAGAGUGGCGUUUUCACGAGACGAUGCGGCCGUCAAGGCAGUUGUGGUGAACGGGACCUGGGCCCAGACGCUGAGUGACGUGCAGCCGCAAGCGAGCUUGGUGUUUCCCGUGCACCUGGUCGCCCUGGCUGCCGGGGUGCAGAAAAUCACAGGUCUGUGUGUGCUGGACGCGAGGGAUGGCACUCACUUCGCUGUGGUUCCCCCCACCGAGAUUUUCGUGGAAUCCUGAGAGAGAGAGAGAGAGAGAGAGAGAGAGAGAGAGAGAGAGAG